AUGGCUGAGCCUGUUUGGUCCUGGCGCGAGGCUAUGCGCAUCAACUUCGCCAUUUAUGCCAUCACGACCAACAAGUGCCCUAUCGCCUGGAUCUCCAACGCACCGGACCUCGUCGGAUCCCCCGAGGAAAUGACCAGGGCCGUCACUACUGCCUGCGAACGGCUCAAGCUAAGCUCAGCUCCGUACCUCCCUGCCAUCAAGAAAUUCGCAGAGAACCCUCCCUCCAAGGUCAAGAACGACGAUGACGAGGAUGACCUGCUCAUUCUUGAUGGCCCUCCCAUCAAGAAAGAAGCUGGUGCCAACAUCCCCAAUCCCGCCAACGGUACCAGCAGGGCCAUCGUCAAGCUCGAAAACGACGAUGAAGUCGCUCCCGCCCCUGCGAAUUCGCCCAAUCCCGCUAAUGGUGCCACCAGGGCCAUCAUCAAGCUGGAAGACGACGGAAUCGCUCACGCCCCCGCCAAUCCACCCAACCCUCCCAGAAUUCCCACUGGUAUCAACAAUGCCAUCAUCCCGGCGGCUCAAAUCGCUGGAGCCUCGGCUGUCCAUGAUGCCCCCGAAGACAGCGAGGAUGAAUCUCUCGUCCGCAGGCGCUCUAAACGCAUCAGAUCUGCCCCCGAGUCCCCGUCUCUCAGGCGCUCAGAGCGCAUCAGAAAUGCCUUCAAACCCCCUCCCCGCCGUUCCGAACGCAUCAGAAAUGCCCGAAGCACCUUCCGCUAA